AUGGAUCCCCGCUUCAAUGCCCAAGGUGAUAUACAAUGUGACAUGUGUAAUAUUGCAAUGGUACAGAUGCACUGUGAUACUUGCCUUGUAAGCCUAUGUAAAGACUGCGUGGGUGACCAUGCUUUUGCCGACCUUUCAAAACCUCACAAAAUUGUAAAUUUCAAGAAGAGAAAAUCUACUCCCAUUUAUUCUGACUGUGUUACCCAUGUCAACGAGCAAUGUAAAACGUAUUGUAAACAAUGUAACAUUCCUCUCUGCAUGAAGUGCCUUGCAUCUGGUCAACAUCUAGGUCACACAUUAUUAGAAGUAUUGCAAGUUCUAGACGAAAAAAGGGACGGCAUCAUGAAAGAAAGGACUGAAUUAAAUGAUAUAAUUUAUCCGACCUACAAGAACAUUGCAUCUGAUUUAGAAAACAGAAUGACUCAGUUAGAAAAAGAAUUUGGAGAUCUCUCCAUGGCUGUAACAAAACACGGAAAAUACCUGCAUGGAGAGAUUGACAAUCUUGAAAAGAAACUCAAAUCUGAAGUUGAUGAGAUGAAAAAAACACAGAUAAAUACUCUACAGAAAUACCUUAACGAAAUCAAACAGAUACUUUCUGAAAUCUGGAAUGAAAUCAAUUCACUUGAUGCUGCUUUAGACUCUGAAGAUAUUUCCAAACUCUGCACUUUAAAACCUAACGUAGAUGAAUAUAGACAGCUUCCACAAACAUUUGUGUCUUCUUUGCCUGAAUUCAUACCAGGUAGAGCUGAAGGCGAUGAAUUUAGUCAGUUGUUUGGAGUUUUAACAAGUUCUUUAUGUUCGGAAGAAGAUGGAAAUAGUAUGAAUUUUACACAAAAAUCAUCAACUGCCGGAUCUUCUGCUCCAAUCAAACAACUGCUUGUUGAACCAGAAGCUGUCACUUCAAUUAUGAUAAAAAAUCCUUGUGAUGAUUUUAACUCUUUUUAUGGACAAAACUCUUGUUAUACACAACAUUUCAAUAUUGCUUGUCUGAGUGAUGAAAAAAUCUGGGCAGGUGAAAAUGACAACGUCAUAAAACUCUUCAGCACCAGUCAGGGAUUACUACUCAACUCAACUGGAACCAAGUCAGGGCACAUGCCAGGGGACAUAUCAGUGACAAAAAAUGGAGAUCUAGUUUAUAAUGAUUAUAAUUAUAGAACUGUGAACAUUUUGAAAAAUGAAAAGAUAGAGGAGGUGAUCAGACUUCAGAACUGGAGACCUCGCGGUGUCUAUAGUAAUUCCUCUGGUGACCUCCUGGUUAUCAUAGACAGUUAUGUUUACAAACACACAAAAGUUAUCCGUUACUCUGGAUCCACAGAGAAACAAAGCAUUCAGUUUGAUGAUAAAGGUAAACCUCUCUAUUCAUUCGGCUCUAGUACCAAAUACAUAACAGAGAACAGGAACCUGGAUAUCUGUGUGUCUGACAAUGGAGCUAAAGCCGUAGUGGUGGUCAAUCAAGCUGGAAAACUGAAAUUCGGGUACACAGGACACAUUCCUACUCCAAAGAACAAACCAUUUAGUCCUAAAGGAAUCACUACAGACAGCCAAUAUAACAUCCUAAUAGCUGAUAUUAAGAAUAGCUGUGUGCACAUCAUAGACCUGAAUGGACAGUUCCUCUGUUUCAUAGACUGUGGACUGAUGAAACCCUAUGGACUGUGUGUUGAUUCUAAUGACAACAUGUUUGUUGCUCAAUGUUUGAAUGGACAAGUGAUGAAAAUUAAAUAUCUCCAGUAA